CCAAAAUCCAAGGACAGAGCGAAAAUGGCUUCCCUCCUAAAGCUCUACAACCCAUUAAUGGUAACUCGAUUCUCUCCGAUUUCAGUCUCUCAGGCGAUUCUCCUCCGCAGAACUCGUCGUCAUUUUCGUUUUCCGUUCUUCAAGUCCGCGAGAUGUUUCACUACUUCUCUGAGUUUAUCUCAGCAUCCGGUUAAUGAGGAGAAUCACAAAGAAAUCGGCGGCGUUCCGCGUCAGUGUACCUCGUCGGAACUCUGGCUGCACAACACAAUGAGUAGGAAGAAGGAGCUGUUCAAGACCAAGGUUGAAGGUAAAGUGGGCAUGUACGUGUGUGGUGUCACUGCCUAUGAUCUCAGCCAUAUUGGCCAUGCGCGUGUUUAUGUUACUUUCGAUGUUCUAUAUAGGUAUUUGAAGCAUUUGGGAUACGAAGUUCUUUAUGUUCGCAAUUUCACCGAUGUGGAUGACAAAAUAAUUGUUAGAGCAAAUGAGUUGGGCGAAGAUCCGCUUAAUUUAAGUAAGCGUUACUGUGAAGAAUUCUGUCAAGAUAUGGUGUCUCUUCAUUGUUUGCCACCUUCAGUUGAACCACGAGUUUCAGACCACAUGCCCCAGAUCAUUGAUAUGAUAAAACAGGUAAUCAUAUUAUCUCGAUUCUCGACAAGCCUUAAAGCCAUCUUUUGUUUCAAUAAGCAUAUAUUAUUGAGUUGUUGUCUUCUUUUAUGCUCUGUGGGUAUUACUCUUGAUUCUCAAAGGGGAGAAUAUGGACUAUUAUCAGGACGAAAAUUAGAGGAUAAUCGAGCUGGAGAGCGGGUUGCUGUGGACUCCAGGAAGAAGAACCCUGCUGAUUUUGCAUUGUGGAAGUCUGCAAAGGAGGGGGAGCCAUUUUGGGAAAGUCCAUGGGGUCCUGGAAGGCCUGGAUGGCAUAUAGAGUGUAGUGCCAUGAGUGCAACAUAUCUGGGUUAUUCUUUUGAUAUACAUGGUGGAGGGAUGGAUCUUGUCUUUCCCCACCAUGAAAAUGAAAUUGCUCAGAGUUGUGCCACUUGCAAAACGAGUAAUAUAAGCUACUGGGUACAUAAUGGUUUCGUAACUAUCGACUCUGAGAAAAUGUCUAAAUCUCUUGGGAACUUUUUCACCAUUCGGCAGGUGAUAGAUCUUUACCAUCCACUGGCUUUGAGGCUUUUCUUAUUGGGGACACACUAUCGUUCUCCAAUCAACUACUCUGAUUUCCUGCUUGAAAGUGCUUCAGAUCGCAUUUUUUACAUCUAUCAGACUCUUGAUGACUGUAAAACUGUUCUUAGCCAGCAAGAUGAAUCAAGUCUUAAGGGUUCCAUUCCCCCAAGUUUGAUGGAAGAGAUCAACAAAUUCUACAAUGUUUUCCUGACCUCGAUGUCCGAUGACAUUCACACUAAUGUGGUUUUGGCAGCGUUAUCAGAUCCUUUGAAAAUUAUCAAUGAUUUGUUACAUACUCGUAAGGGCAAGAAGCAGGAAUUUCGAAUCGAAUCUCUUGCAGCUUUGGAGAAGAUAAUAGGAAGGCUGUUGUCCAUUUUAGGACUGAUGCCUGCAAGUUACUCUGAGGCUCUGGGACAGCUGAAGGAAAAGGCGUUAACACGUGCAAAGAUGACGAACGAACAAGUAGUACAGAAGAUAGAAGAGAGGAAUGCAGCAAGAAAGAAUAAGGAGUAUGAAAAAUCCGAUGCAAUCAGGAAUGAUCUAGCUGGUGUUGGAAUUACUCUCAUGGAUGGCCCAAAUGGAACAACUUGGAGACCAACUAUUCCUCUUGCACUUCAAGAACACCAGUCUGCUUCAACUUGAAUGAUUUCUCGUCCAAGAACACCAUUUUUGCUUUGUAAUUGCCAGUGCUCUAUGAAUGACAUCAACAAAGUCAGCCAAUCCUUGGAGAAAAUCCCAUUUCCUUCACUUAUGCUUCGGAUCAUCCCUUCCCUUUCCAGGUCACUCUCUCAUAUUCAAACUAUAAACUAUGUGAGGUCGUAAAAGGAAGUUCUGAAGAUAUUGGAGUCCUUUUCCACGUGUUGUGCAAAGUUGAGCUUCAAGAUGAAGGUACAUAAAAUGCAUUUUAACUUGCAUAUAAUGAACUCUUAGUUAAACGUAUGGAACUUAGUCCGUGGAUAGUUACUAUAUGACACAUUUCUUCCCUUGCAUUAUUUUAAUUGUCAUUUCAAUUUUUUUUUUUUUUUAAUCAUUUAAGUUAGCUGUUUUAAUAUGGAGGUUACAAGUGUAUUUAACUCACAUAGGUUAAAGUUGUCAAAGGGUAUAUAAAGUCUUCAUUUUUUUCAUUGUCGUCCUCUAAUUUUUUAAUUGAAAAUAAUAGAGUUUGGAUUUUAGAUCUA